CCUUUUUAACUUUUUCUUUCCAAUGGAUCCAAGACUUGAACAAGCAGCUGAAUCUGGAAGCAUCGAUGAGCUAUAUGCUCUUAUUGAUGAGAAUCCAUACAUACUUGAGAACAUAGAGGCAGUACCAUUUGUGACCACUCCCCUCCACGUAGCUGCAGCUUCUGGGAACUUACCAUUUGCCAAGGAGAUUAUGAAUCUUAAGCCCUCUUUUGCUAGAAAGCUCAACGCAGGCGGGUACAGUCCGUUGCAUCUUGCUGUCAACAUGGAUCAAGAUGAGUUUGUCUGCAGGAUGAUCUGGCUUGAUGGCCAUCUUGCCCGCGUUAAAGGGAGAAACGGCAUCACACCGUUUCAUUUACUAGCGAUAAAAGGAGACGCAGAUCUUGUAGCAAGGUGCCUUCGUAAAUCCCCUGAAUGUAUCGAAGAUGAGAGCGUAGAUCGCCAGAAUGCUCUGCAUCUUGCUGUGAUACAUAAUAGAUUCGAAGUUCUCCAAGUCCUCACCGGAUGGAUCCAGAGAAUGACCCAAAGAGACGCUGACUCCAUUCAGAGUCGUGUUUUGAAUAAAGUGGAUAUUGACUACAACAUGCCUUUGCACCUUGCAGCAUCUAAGAAUGAUCGCCAGGCGGUUAAGCUGUUAUUGGAAUGUCGGUUGGUCAAGCGGAACGAAGUAAAUGGUGAUGGUUUAACUUUCCUUGAUAUCUUAAGAAACCAAGAACAGAGAGAGGAGGAAGGUGGAGCAGGCUUAAGAAGCCAGGGACCAGGAGGGGAGGACCUGGAUUUGGAACAAGUUGUUGUAAAAACCGGGUGUAAAGAGGCGGCUUCCGUGCCAAGAACGAAGGCAAGGUUUGAGACUUUAAAAUCACCAUUCACUUUCUGGAAUUUCUGUUCCACGGGCAUUAGACGCCUAAGGACUGACACAUCAGAUGAAGCUCGUGGAGUGUUCUUGAUUAUAUGCACUUUGAUAAUAACAGCCACUUACCAGACUGCCCUCCAGCCUCCCGGAGGUGUACACCAAUCUGAGGGUUCGAAUGCGGGUUCCGUAGUGAUGAAACAGGUCUUUUUCAUCCUUCUUUGGAUUUCCAACACCAUCGGCUUCUGCUGCGCUAUAUUCUACACCUUUUGUCUCAUGCCAAUUGGUAGUAUGUUUGCAUGUUGGUUCUUUUGGAUUGGGGGAUCUCUGUGCAUUUCUUAUGCUCUGGCCAUGGCAGUAAUCUCACCGCACCCUCUAGUGUUUCUCUCUGCGGCCUUCGUCUUCUUCCUGCUCAUUGCUCUCUAUAUGUUGCUUGAAGUUUUCUUUGAGAGUUGGCAUCUGACUGUUAGUCUUGUGCCCCGAUUGAGCUGGUUUUGGAAGGUUUGAUACACCAUAUGUCACUUUUAUUACCGAAGAAGAGACAUAUGCCAUGUCCCUUGUGUUUUUUUUUUAAAUUACAAUUAACGAUUAGUUUUGC